AUGGCACACCCAAAACCACAAAUACUUCCGGCAGCAAAACCCGUAUUUGGCGCCCAUUUCGAUGCUUGGAAUUCAUCAGCUACAGGCCAUCAACGAGCAGAGGAUAAGUUGGGUGGCUCGACAGGAUGGAGAGAAUCUCGCGCAAUGAAGUUAGGCCAUCAGUUCAAGUCUGGAAAUACAGGUGGCAAAAGGAUUUCCGAUAAAUUUGGUGCAGGAUCUGAAGACUGGGAUGAGAAAGCGAAAGCCCUGAUUCCAAAAGGGGUCAAGACAAGAGCAAGACAAAGUGUCAGUGAGAUGUUGGUGGGGAAACCAGGCUUGCCAAUGAGCGCCGAAGAGCGAUUGAUGGAGAUGCGGAGACUCGAAGAUGAAACGAAAGUGGAAGAGGAGGAUCUAGCCCGAAAGUCUAGAGGCAUCUUUGAUGAGCUGGUCAUAUACAUAAACGGGAGUACAUAUCCAAUGGUCUCGGACCACAAGCUCAAGCACUUGCUGGCAGAGAAUGGAGCACGAAUGUCUAUGCAUCUGGGCAGACGCCAGGUCACACACGUUAUCUUGGGCAAACCUUCACAUGUAGGAAGUGGAGCUGGAGGUGGUUUGGCUGGCGGGAAGUUAGAGAAGGAGAUACGAAUGAUGGGUGAUUGUGGAGUUAAAUAUGUCGGUGUAGAAUGGUACGGAACUGCCGGCAUCCCCUGUUCGCGAAUUCAUCUAAUCAUUUGGCCAUGCAGGGUACUAGAAAGUAUUAAAGCUGGAAAAAGACUGCCCGAGACGCGAUUCUCGAACCUCAAGGUGGCUCCCAAAAGCCAGCAGAGCGUUUAUGGCAUGUUCAAGAAAACGGCCAACGUGGAUUAA